UUUUAUGCUUCUGGUAUGUUGAGAGUAUUGAGCAGCGAUGAGCACCGUGAGGCGGUACAGCAACAAAAUAUCCUCGCUGUGGAGGGAACCUCUUGCGAACUUUGCACGGAGAGUCCUACCUCCAAUUACCGGUGUGAAACCGGAGGAAAGGGUAGAGACCGCGGUCAGGACCGCGUCAAACGACCCAUGAACGCAUUCAUGGUGUGGUCUCGAGACCAAAGGCGCAAGGUGGCUCUAGAGAAUCCCCAAACGCAAAACUCAGAGAUCAGCAAGCAGCUGGGGUACCAGUGGAAAAGGCUUACAGAAGCCGAAAAAUGGCCGUUCUUCGAGGAGGCACAGAGACUACAGGCGCUGCACCGAGAGAAAUACCCGGGCUAUAAAUACCGACCUCGUCGGAAGGCCACGCCAGAGAAAAGUGACAAAUUGCUCCCCGCAGACCCCUCGUCCACACUCUGUAGUCAGCUGCACGCGGGAGAGAGGUUGUACGCCUUCCCCUACAAGGACGGCUGUACGAAGGCUGCACACUCACGAAUGAAGGACCAGUUAUACUCCUCCUCGGAACCCAUGAGCAUAACCAGCUCGCUGCUGGAACCGGGACCUCACAGGACCUCCACAACCCUCCAAGACAGUCCUGAAGACUUGCCUAUGCAGCUCUCCGCGGAUGCUCCCCUUUGUCGUAACUUAGAGCUGGGAGUUUCUGAGGCUUACUUUGCAUGGUGA